AUGCACGUGACCCCGGUCUUUGUCAACCAGCAGAACGCCUCUCAGGUCCAAACGCAGGCCAUCUCUCUGGACCUGCUGAAGGCUAACGGCACCCCCACGCUGGUUACCGACAGCAACGGAAACCACUACCUGAUCGCUCUGACCAAUCACAGCGCAGAGGGGCAGAACGGAGGGUCCUCAUUGGCCAAACCCAACAGUCGCAUCACACUGCAGAGGUUACAGUCGACUCCGACUAAACUGCCCAGCACUGACAGCCAAUCAAAAGAGCCGCCAGAGGCCGAGCCAAUCAAAAAGGUGGAGAAGGCGGGGCUUCACCUGGACACCAACGUCUCCCCUCAGCCCAGCCUGUCCGCCCCCCCCAGCCUGCAGCCGUUCUUCGACGACAUGUCGGACUCGGAAAGCCAAAGCAGUUUGAUCUCCUCUCUGAAGCAGGAGAACGGCGUCAACAGUCAGCAGAUGGACGACCUGUUUGACAUCCUGCUGAAGAGCGGAGAAAUCCCCGGCUUCAAAGGCCACCCGGACCCCUCCCUCGCCCCUCUCCACUCGGACCCUCCCUCUCCAGCCUCUCCUCCGUCUCCCCUGCUCCUCCACCUGUCCCCCCCCACCCCUCCCUCUCCCCUCGCCUCCCCCCCCUCCUCCUCCUCCUCCAGCGCGCGUCUGGAGGACUUCCUGGAGAGCUCGACGGGGAACCCCCUGCUGGGCGUUGAACCUGAUGGCGGUCUCACUCUGAUCCACGACCUCCACAGCCAGAUGCUCAGCACUUCCAGCAUUUUGGACCCUCACGCCCCCUCCCCCAUGGACACCUCAGAUCUGGGCUUCUCCCCACACCCUGCUGGGCUGGAUUUCGACAGCAUGGACUGGCUGGACAUCUCCAUGGUGAGAGGAGGGAGUGGAGGAGGCAGUAAUGGAGGAGAGGAGACCAGUUUAGCUCCUCUGGUGCCUCACACCCCCCCCGAGCGUUUUCUCCACCGACUUCCUGGACGGAUCGGACCUGCAGCUGCACUGGGAGUCGUGUCUGUAGCCUCCUCCAUCUUUUUUUUCCGUGCACAAACAGAAACAUUUCUUAUGCUGUCUCUACCACUGCGAGGGGGCACUGACACAUGUAGCGUGAUGAAGGGGGGGGGGGGUCUACGGUGGGAAACGCACUUUCGAAAACGAUGCAUAUGUAAAAAGAGAAAUGUGACAAAACAUGCAAGUGUUUCGGCGCAUUUGUGUUUUUCUAUUUGCGCCGUUGCAGCGCGUUUGCACCAGCUUGAGGAGGGGGAAACCUACGGUGGCUCACAGGGGGCAAACGCACUAUUGAAAACGAUGCAAAUAUAAAAACGGGAUCCGGUUUAAAUCCCCUGCUUUAUAACCAGGUCACUGUAAUGCAACAUGCGAAACAUUUCACUGGUUUAACGAGAGGAGUGUGUGUGUGUGUGUGUGUGUGUCAGUGCCUCCUAAACUUUGCACUUAUGCUGAAUCUGAUUGGUUUGUAAAAAAAAAAAGUGUGUUCAAACUGAUCUCUGCCCACACUAGUGGAAAAGAAAACGCGGUCAUUAUUUGACUUUUUGAGAGGAAACCAUAUCGGUGGCACCAGUGUAUUAUUGGUAACAUUGUGGUAGACCACUAUGUAUUGCUGUAUAUGGGGUGUAUAUUAUCAAUUGUCCAUACGACUUAUUUUUUCUUUGCUGGUUGCUUUAGAGUCGAGCUCGCCGGCUGGGGAUCAUAGGCUGAGGGAGGGGCUCCGAAACACUUGGACCUUGUCAUUUUUUUAAAGAAAAACUGUAAAAAAAUAAAUAAACAUACUAUAAAAAAACUCA